AUGGCAACUCUGGUCUUUGCCCAGGAAGAAGCAGGCACAGCAGUCUGUAUCUCACCCAACGGCAUUCUCCUCACUUGCUCCCACUGCAUCGCCGAGACCGUUGACGAUUUUGACGAUUCCAAAAGCCACUGGCUUCUCUUUGCUUCAGGCCAAGUAGUCGAAGCCAAAGCACUAGCAUGGGAUGACAAGAGAGACCUGGCCCUGUUGAAAAUCACCUCAGCACAACAAUCUCCGCCACCUUCGGGACCGACAUCAUCAUCAUCAUCACCACCGCACUCAGGGAGUUUCCCCUUUGUGACCCUCUCCCCCUCACCGCCCGCCUUGAAGGCCCGACUCAUCUGCGUCGGCCACCCGGGCAGCGAGGACUUCGAGGCGGCUGUCCCGGGAACAAAGACGGACUACAACGUCCUCCACCUCAGCACCGGCACGUUCAGGGGCUGCGCCGAGGGCCAGGACCCGCAGGAUAAUUCGGAGAUCGGGGCGCUAAUGCAUUCUUGCUGGACGUACUGGGGUCACAGCGGCGCACCGCUGGUCGAUAACAAUACCCUUGGUUCCAACGCAUUCAAUGUACGGUACCCACGCCUGCGCUUCCCAUUGAUAACUUCGAUACCAUCGGGCAGCACCGUCUCUACGCUCACGAUUCUCACGAUUCUCACGAUUCUCACGAUUCUCACGAUUUCAAAGUUCAACCUCAAGUUCCUCCCGCCUUCCACUGCUCGAAUUACCGGCUGCCCGUCCGCCUCCCACCCUCUGCUCCAACGAUGA